AAUACGAUUUUUUUUAGAGACAAAGUUGUAUUUUUAUUAUACAUGUAUAGUAUAUGACUCCUUAUAUUGGCGGGGCGUGAUCUGUAUAGACUGGUUAUUUACGUGACGUUAGAUCCCUGAGACUGAUUUUCUAACAACGGAAUGGAAGAAAAUCGAGGUUUGGCACGUGAUCCAAUCCCAAGACUCCGUAAUACACCAAGCAAAAUGCAAAGAGAGACCACUUGUUCACCCUACAGAAGAAAAAAGGGUUGUGAUGAAAAGCAUAUGAAACAGGAUGAUAAUGAAAAAUCAGAGGUUGAAGAACAAUGUUUUGAAGUGCAAAAUGAAGAGGAGCAGGUGUCUCCAGGUACUGGCAAUGAAAUGAGAGUUAAAACUGAUCAAAUGACAUCCAACCGCAGUGAAGAAUAUGAAAAAAAAAAAUUAAAUUUAAAAUAACUGAGAAGAGAAAAGAUGGAAGUUCUGAAAGUAAAACAAUUACAAUGGACAAAUGUAUUAAAAAGAAUCAGUCUAUAUCAUAUAACACAACAUAUGUAUUCUAUACUGUUUUCAUUAUGUUUUUGUGUGUGUGUUUGAGCUAUUGCAUGUUUAUGCUUAUACAACCAUUAACACAUGUUAAUUCUUCAGGCACAUUUGAAAGUUAUUUUAAAGAAAUAAAAAGUGAAUAUUCAGAACAGUAUGACCUAAGUUGGAAAAUUGUAAAAUCUUCUGUGAAGUCUGUCUUGAACCAUGCCUCUCCAGAAAGUCCUGCUGUAGUGUUAUUGUUAGGCAUGAAAGAAAAUGAAGAUAGAAUUAACAUUAUUACUGAUAAGUUAGCUAGAGUCAUUGCAAUAAGUUUUAAUGAAACUCUUCCAGAAUACAAAGAUUUUGACCUUAAUAAUCUGGCUAGUAUAUCUGAUUAUGUGGAAGUUAAACACAAAAUUGUAGAAACCAUUAGUACUUCAGUGGAAUGGAACAAACACCAUGUUCUUGUGAUACAUCAUUUGGAGAAGAUUCCAGCUAAAGGAGCCAUGGCUUUUCAUUCAUUUUGUGACCAUGAGAGUGCUCCGUAUAAGAACGUAGUUUACUUGUUUAGAGCUUCCAUAUCAGAAAUGCCACUUAAGGAAGACAUCCAACUGUUUGAUAGUAUAGCAACUAAAUAUUUAAACCAGAUAUGGGAAAAAGAUUUAGAUCAAGACAAGAGAGGUGCAUUGAUAAGUCGUUUAACUAGUGCAGUUGCUAUGUUUAAGUGAAAUGUAACAUGAAGUUUUAUUGUUCAUUUCUAGAUUGGGCAGAAACUGAAUGACAGACAAAUAUUUUUAUCCACUAAAUUUAAUACCUUGUUUAUAUUUACUCACUUUACAUAUUGCAAUUCUGUAUCUAACAAGACACUAAUUAUUUUGUCCAUGAUACACAUGUUAAAAAUCAUCUACUCAUAGAAACAAAUUAAUUAGUUUUUGUUUUUUAUAGGGAAUAUUAAUAUCAAAGUAAUCUAACAUUCUGUAACAUUAAAGAGAAGUUACAUUAUUGCUGUUUAAGAGUUGGAUGUUAAAACUACAGGUUUUCUACUACCAAAAUGAUAUGACAGAUAACUUGUAUCUUGUUUGAAAUUUAAUAAAAAACAAUACAAGUAUUAGGGGAGGUCUGAAAAAUGACUUAAUUGUUUGUUCACCUUUUUACAUUUAAUAUUUCUAGAUGUAUAUUGAACUUUUUAUUGUGUAACUUUGUGGGUUUGUGUGACUUCUUUGAAUAAUUAAAAACUUGAUUAAGAUUGCCUAUAUAUAUAUGUAACGUAUAAUAUGGUAAUAAAAGUGUCACAGUAAGUAAAAUAGCUUUUAAUUAGAAAACGACAAGAGUAUUAGUAUGUUACAUUAGUGAUAAUACAUUGUGCUGUAAAUAAGAAUUAUUACAUACAGUAUUAUGUGAUAUAUAUAUAUAAAAUGUAUACAAUACUUUUCUUGUUUAAAAUUAUUGAAGUGAUUUUAUCAUGUGGUGUAAAAAGCAUCUUGGAACUCAUUAGAUUCAUGCCUAUCUCUAUCCAUGUCAAAUUUUUAGGUGUAAGAAGAAGCAAUUAAUGUUUUAGUUAUGGUUACAUUAUAGUGAAAUUCUUGUUACUGUAGGUGGUGUGAUUAAUAAAGUUAAUGAAACAUU